UCAGUCGUCACCAACCGGCACAGAGUGUAUACAAUGCUGAGCGCGCAGCGCAGAGUCCAGCUGUAGAUCACAAUGCGCUCUCCAAGGUUGGAGCUCUAUUGGGCACGGGAGAUGACACAAUGUACCUGAGGAACGCUUCCUUUUUCAUCAACAUGGAGGAAAGAAACAACUCGACGGCCGCAUGGUUUCUAUUAGAUUUUCAAAACGAAACCUCCACAGCUGAUUCCGAGGAGGUGAAACUAAGUUCCCAAAUCUUCCCGUCCUUUCUCCUGGCUGCGCUCAUUCUCUGUGCCAUAUUUGGUAACGCGUGUGUGGUUGCAGCUAUCGCCUUGGAGAGAAAUCUUCAGAAUGUAGGGAACUAUCUGAUCGGGUCUCUGGCCGUGACUGACUUGAUGGUAUCGGUUCUGGUGUUGCCAAUGGCGGCCCUUUACCAAGUCUUAAACAGGUGGGCUCUCGGACAGGUACCGUGUGAUAUUUUUAUCUCUUUAGAUGUGUUAUGUUGUACAUCAUCCAUUCUGCACCUGUGCGCCAUCGCCUUGGACAGGUACUGGGCCAUUACCGAACCCAUAGAGUAUAUGAAGAAGAGGACGCCCAGAAGAGCGGCGGUUCUGAUCAGUGUCACUUGGUUUGUCGGGUUCUCUAUCUCUGUUCCACCCAUGUUGAUCAUGCGUUCCCAGCCGAGUAGUAAGGCGGAGGACAUAGCAAACCCCGAGCAAUGCAUUAUUAGUCGAGACCCAUGGUACACAAUCUACUCAACAUUCGGCGCGUUCUACAUUCCUUUGAUACUCAUGUUGGUCUUAUAUGGACGGAUAUUCAAAGCCGCCAGGUUUAGAAUCAGGAGAACAGUGCGUAAAACAGAUAAAAAGAAAGUGUCUGAUUCUUGUCUGGGACUGUCCCCUACUCUUUUCCACAAGAGGAACAACGGGGAUCCGAGUAAAAGCUGGAAGAGGAGCGUGAAGCCCAAACCGACCCUGUGCGUAAACGGCGCGGUCAAGCACGCGGAGGACGGCGAGUCGCUGGAGAUCAUCGAGGUUCACAGCAACUCGAAAAACAACCUGCCACUCCCCAACACCCCCAACUCCGAACCGCUCUUUGAGAGCAGACACGAUAAGAACAUGGAGGCAAAGAGAAAGAUGGCCAUGGCCAGAGAGCGCAAAACUGUAAAGACCCUGGGUAUCAUUAUGGGCACUUUUAUAUUUUGCUGGUUGCCUUUCUUUAUCGUUGCCCUGGUAAUGCCCUUUUGCAAGUCGUGCCAAAUGCCAAAGUGGCUCGAGGACGUCAUUAACUGGCUCGGGUACUCCAACUCCCUACUGAAUCCCAUAAUUUACGCAUACUUCAACAAGGACUUCCAAAGUGCUUUUAAGAAAAUAAUUAAAUGUCACUACUUCAAAACAUAAGCAUACAUCAUCCUUGUAUGGUCUAAAACGUUUGACUGCGGACUUCCAUUCCAGUGCCAUUACUCAGUGAAAUAUAAAUGUAUUGAGAGGUGGGAGAGUUGAUAGGAAUGUUGUUUCAUAAAAAUAAUUGUAUUAUUAUUACUGUUAUACGUGUUGUUAUAUUAUUAAUCAUUUGUAUUAUUAUAUCAGGAGUUUUAUGAAACUUUAUAAACAAGAUUGCUGGAUGUUAAAGCGGACCCCUCAUGCACAUGUCAGAAAUGCUUUGUAGUGUUCAAUAAACAAUGUCCUAUUUCAGAAA